UUACGCGUUUAUGGUGGAUUUACUCUGAAAGUGACCAUGGUGCGCUUCCAUACAUCACGAAAGCCUACAUUUCUUUUUCGCGCCCCAUUCCUCACACCCACCGUUCUUUUUGUUUUUGAGGUGGAGCCUCAUACCCCGAUUCUUCAGUGGACUGUCGGCAAGACAGACCUGCACGGGUUGCAUGAUUGAGGCCAAUAGUCAGUCGCAUAGAUCAAUACAUUAUACCGAUACGAAAGCCGAUUGAUUGUCUAUUGUGGAAAUAAUAAAGUGAGAACUCUUUCGAUUAUUAAAUCCUUGGAAAUCGGGCACAUUGAGGACGUGGAAUGAUGAAUUAUAUAAUAUUGGCGACCGUUUUUUCCAUGGUUUUCGCCGAAAAGUCACCUCGGCUGAAAUUCAUUGUAAAAGAGCCGGCCAGGUAUCACUUCUCCAAACCGGAGAACUACAUGUCAGUGUACCACCAGGAAGGCACCAACGUCCUGUACGUGGGGGGCCAGACAGUGAUCUACGUGCUGACGUUCACUGACAGGGGGGUCCGCGACCUGCAGAUCCCUGUGGUAACCGAUGAAAACGCAAAGGCAGCUUGCAUCGCCAAAUCAGACCCACCAAAGUUGGAGUGCGACAAUUUCAUCACAGUCAUCCAGAAAGUCAAUGACACUUUUGUAGUAUGCGGGACAAAUGCAGGAACCCCCAAAUGCUGGCUGCUGGUAAAUGACACUGUGCUGACUGACGCCCCCACCAAUGGACAGAUGGCACCAGCCUCUGACAUCUCCCCUCCCUACCCCUCCCAGAGGUCCGUCAGUCUGUCUGCAGAUGGGAAUCUAUACUCUGCUCUGUCAGCAGUGGGGCGUCACCCUGGCUCUAUCCGCCGGACCUACGGCACUCAGAAGCUUCUGAAGACUGAGACCAAGUGGCUGCAGAGCCCCCAGUUUGGUGGAGCAGCAGUAAUGCCAGCCUCUCAGAAACACAAGGAGGAGAUCUACUUCUUCUUCAGUGAGAUCAACAAGACGGCCAUGGUGGACGAGGAGCCCUACAGGUCGCGCAUCGGCCGAAUCUGCAUGGUGGACGAGGGGGGCAUAAAGAACCUGCUGGCGGACUCGUGGACUACCUUCCUGAAGGCCAGGGUGAUGUGUGGUGCGGGUAGCACCCCCCAGCAGUACAACAACAUCAGACAGGCGUUUGUGCUGUCUGAAGUGGCCCAGGAGAAGAGGACCGGGGUCAUGUACGGCCUGUUUGCCAACGCCUGGGACACAACAGUGAUAUGUGCUUACUCCAUCGAGGACAUUGACCAGGCCUUCGCCACAUCCAAACUGAAGGGUUACAGCAGUCCUCUAAUUGGACAUCGCCCUGGCACAUGUGCCUUCAAGAACUCCACGGCAGCCCACAACCCUAAGACCCUGGGGGUGAUCAGGGACCACCCGGAGAUCGAGGACGUGAUUCGUCCGGUCGGGGGUGCUCCGCUGAACCUGCCCACCGACGAUCACUUCACACACACUGUCGCUGCCAUGGUGCUGGCAGUCAACGACGAGCACUAUACUGUGCUGUACCUGGGAACAGAACAGGGGAAAGUGCUCAAGGUUCUGCACACUAUCGAGGAUGCCUUUAUCAUCUCCCAGUACUCCCUCUUCCACAAUGAGGGUCCUGUUCUAAGCAUGGCCAUCGACUCUAGGAAGGGCCACCUUUAUGUGGGCACGGCAAUGGAGGUCCAGCGCAUACCGUUGGCUGACUGCGGUCGCUAUGGAGACAGUUGCCGGGAGUGCAUUCUGUCUCGGGAUCCCUAUUGUGGUUGGGACGCAGCCAGGAGGAGGUGCACACCCAUCCCAGCUGGAUACAACAUCAGCACUGGGGCACUCACUCAGAGUCUGGACCAUUCCAAUGCCUCUAUCUGUGGUGAAGCUGCUGCACUGAAGACCCAUAGGACAAACCCCAAACAGGUGGUGAUUGACUCGGACGGCCCCGUUAACCUCCCCUGCCCCGUGCACUCCUUUCACGCCACCUACCGCUGGGAGAAGGACAACUGUAUCCAGCACUACCCCUGCUUCAUCAUUGGAGACUCCUGUGUGCUGGAACCCACCCCUGGCCUGCCCCUUAAGCAGGGGGUGUUCCGCUGCAUGGCCACAGAGAACGGCUACAAGGUGGAGGUGGUCUCCUACAGGCUGGUGAUCAACAGUGGGCCUCUGCCUGCCUCCCUUUCCUCCACCCUGGGGCCCUCUCUCCUUCUUGCUGCAGCCACCCUCUGGCUCCUGUAACCAUUGCAAAUGCUAAAGCUAACCCCUUAGCCUCUAAGGCCCUCUCUCUGACAGACAGGAGAGGAGGGGCCACCAUACCCAGGUUAGGUUCGCAGAGCAUUGAUAUUAAUGGUCGGGUAAUGCGAUCAGUGUUGCCCACAAAGACAGUUUUCAGAAAAAGUGUUUUUUUAUUUAAUUUACGUUGUUCAGAAAAUGCCUGAAAAUAAACCAAGCCAUUUAUUUUUAAAUAAUAUAUGGGCCUACCAUAUUAACUAAUACUGUACUGUUUAAACAAAAAAAUACCUAAAACAAACUUAAAAUACAUAACAUUUAAACUUAAUUAAUACAUUAACAUCAAUAUGGGUUUUAUGGAAAGACAAACUAUAUUAUCAUGUCUUAUUGUGAAUUUUAAAUACAGAUUCAAACCACAAGAUAUGCUUUGCGAACCUUGCCUGUCCACCCAAGAGAUGACAUCUCAUGAGUUGUGUUAAAUACAAUACCAAGCCAAUUUCUCUUUAUGGUUUCUCAACUUAUUUUGAAACUUGAUUGUGCUACUUUGUGAAUAUUUGAAGCUUGAAUACUGCUCUAACAUCUAAACAUCAUGUUGAAUGUCAUAAGUAUAGGCUAGUAUUUAGAAAAUGUCUGAUAUUGAGUAAAAAAAAGCCUUAACAAUUCUGGGACAUACCCCCUAAGCACAAUUUGCUGUGAAAGCAAAACUGCUCAAUUGUGUUGACUUGAAUCUGUGAAUGAGGUGGCCAAGCCUUACUUUGAUGCUGGAAGGAAGUGUCAUCAUUUUGACAAGAAGUCAUCUUUUUGACAGGAAGUAGGUAGAAGAGCAUGAGCUCAUCCUCGAACAUCACUGUGUCUCGGCAAGUCCUCUGCAGUAAAGGCAGUUUUUGCAUCAUUUUAUUGGAUAGUAUCAGACAUUCAUAUUAUGCUACUUCAUUUUCAACAAACAUAAGUACGGUAAACAUCAUUCAGUGGCAGGUGAGGACAAAUUAGAAUUGAGUAGAUGACAUGUAGAGCUAGUUGCAUUUUGUAGUUUGCUAAAUAUGAGAAAAAGCUUGUGAUUAUAUGAGUACCGUGUGUUAAGUAUUUUAUUGCUCCGCAUAUGCUGAUUUCCACCAUUGCUGCCUAUGAAAGUUAUUCUUGACGGUUCAAGGUUUUAUACUGUACGGGAUCCAGAGAGGACAUAUGAAUAAAAUAAAAUAAAUCCUUGUUAUGUCGAGAUAACAAUUUAUUUAUCUCAUGAUCACGACAUAACAAACGUUUUGGUCGAGAUCACGAGAUUUACUCUAUAAAUAGGAGUAGACGCAUUGAUGAUAGAUUGACAGGAUGGCUGAGGUGGUAGAGCCCACAGUGGAUCAGCGCAUAUGUUUUGAUUGAUUGCUACACUAAGGGAUGGUACAUUUCAUGCUAACAUAUCAGUCAUUGUCGGUUUAUAAAUUAGAAUGUUAGCCAGCUAAAUGUCCCUUACCUUGAACAAAGAGCUCUUGGGGCAUCUAAGCCUUCAUGGGGCAUUUGAGCCUUGAACGAUGCCUGACAGGCUGACCUGUCUCUGAGGCUGUAUGCCACCCUCAAGACCACAGGCAAUCACAUGCAAGCAACAAUGCAGCUAACUUGGCUAGUCUUGUGAGUGCGCAAGCUAGCUAGCUAGUUAGCUAGGUAGUCUUACUAGCUAGCUAGCUAGCUUGUUAUAUAUGCUGGAUGUUAGCAUGCAUAAAAGAUAUGUGUAUAAUUGUAAGGGGCACUUCAUGUUUUAUGGAUAAUUUUACAAUUUACAGAGUGGGUGAGCACAAUUCCUGACAGGCUAAUAAGAGGACAUUUUAUCCUCAGACCUUGAUCAGAUUCAAUAGCAGUCUCAGAGGCUGAUAAGUCAGGAUGCUGACUAGUAGGCUGUCGUCAAGGAGCCUUACAUAUGAAACAGCCUAUAAGGCAGCACCCUGAUUUAUGAGUCUCUACGGCUUCUAUUGAAUCUGAUCAGCUUGCCAGAAAUAGAGCUCACUCACUUUGGAUUAUAUGCAUCAGCCUAUACAGCACUGACAGCUAAUCUGCCUGCAAGAAGAUUUACCUAUGAAAUAACCUACAGGGCAGCAUCCUGAUUUAUCAGCCUCUGAGGCUGAAAUUUAAUUUGACCAGCCUGUCAGAAAUGCAGCUCACCCACUGCAAAUGUAAAUAUUAUUCACAAAAAAAUGAAGUGUCACUUAUAAUUUAUACACAUAUCAGUUAUGCAAGCUAACCGCCAGCAUAGAUAACAAGCUAGCUAGCUAGCUAGAAAGCUCACAAGGCGAGCCAACAAGUUUGUUGUUCCUUGCAUGUGAUUUAAUAUGGUCUUGGGGGCGGUGGACACCCUGGGAGACUGUGUCGCCUGUCAGGCAUCGUUCCGUGCUUAAAUGCCCCACUUUGCGAUCAACACAGCCACAGGGCUCCUUGAUGAAGUGGUUAUCGUGCAUCUGAAGAAAUGAAUGGGUGAUAAGUUGUAUUUUUGAUUAUCUUGGGAUCUCGACAAAACAACUUUUGUUAUGAGAUAAAUAUGUCUUGAUCUCGACAUAACGAGAUAACCAUUUUUUUAUUGUUAUGUCCUCUCUGGGCUUCCGUAAUACUGUGGUUAUACAAUGAUGUUACUCAUUGACUGCUUUAACUAACCUAUUCUCAAUGGGAAAAUCCAGUGCACAAUACUCAAAGGGGUUAUUUUCAUACUUGUAUCUGUAUGCUGUAACAAAAGGCUUGCCAUAAUUUGAUAGGAUCAUUUUGUGAAGUAGAACACUUUGAGCAGCCACCAUACUCUGGGGAGAAAGACAGAAAUUGAGUGACAUUUUUGGAAGAUAUGGAACAAAAUUCCUCUUUAAGCAAUAGAUGUUUUUUAUUUUAGCACCUGACCUCAAAUAAAAAUAGCAUAUGCUUUAUUGGAGGCAGAGAAUGUUUGCUGGGAGGGAGUGGUUUACUCAAAGCAAAUAUUGAAUGUAACAUAUUAAUAUGAACGUAGUUGCAACAAAAUGCAAGUCUAUUGUUCCCAUUUAUUGAUUGUAGUAUCUCAGUACUGAAGCACCAUCUUACAACCACUAUUGUGUUUUGAACUGUGCCACUGAGCUUUGUGGCGAAUUUUGAAAUGGCAAAAAAACACUGUCGCCUGAAAAUAUUGGUAGAAAACAGUCUACAUAAUGCUGUUCUUAGAACAGUUUUAGCCAUAGUUCUGCAGGUUCCAUCUUUCUCUCUGGGGGUGGCUGUACGUUUGUUGUCUCGAGGUCUCGGAAGGAUCUGCUUGCUGCAUUGCACUGAUGCGGGCUAUUGACCGUGCCAAACAUAAGCUGUGUUGAGCCGCCUCAUCUGCCGCCUGCCGCUUCUCACUCACUUAGCACUUUGAGUAAUUGGUUUCCCAAAUCUCUUUCUCAAACUCACACACAUUCUUAUAUAUGUCACAAAUACACACAGGCAUGUAGGUGCGCGCACACACACACACACACCUCUUGUUUACCAAUCACCCACUUCAAUCUCAUUCCCUUUACUCCAGUAUUUACUGUUGCUUAUCUGUUUCAUUGUAUUUUGAGCAUGAAGCUGGUGUGUCUCUGAAAACAGUGAACAGAAGCCUCUCAUACACUAGCCAACACCAAUUAGGCAACUGAACCUGUAUCGCUCACUGCAGAGACAUACAAGCUCUUUUACCAAGACAGAUGGUCUAGUGUCAGUGGGUAUUGUUAAAAACGGUCAAUGAAUCGUGGCUGUGCAGAGUUGAUUGUAUUUGGCCUUUCAUGGAUUUCCAAGGGGCAGCAGUGAUAUGGGAGUUUGUUUUCUCUGGAGCACUUUAUUUAAUGACCACCUUCAUAGCCAGGAGUCCCUGCUUUGACGUGGACAUAAACAGUGGAUAUAUCGCAUGCGAUUGAUUAUCAUUAUCCUAGAAAGAUUUAAACCGGUUUGUUGUGUUCAAUUUACCCGUUCGAUAAAUAAUGCCAGCAGAGAAAUAGAGUGAAGUGAAUCGUAUUGUCUUUAAAUCCUUUCUCUGGUGCUUUGGACAGUGUUGAUUGCAUUCUGUGUCUUAGUACAUUUUUAUUGGGAAUCAGCUUACCAAACUCGAUUGAAGAGGAGAUUGUAUUGGUAUCAUGCUCGUUAAUGCCUCACCAUAACCAUGAUUUUUUUUAAAGGACAGAUGUCUGUCUAUAUGAAGUGUUAAUACAUGUCCAUGUAACAAAUAUGUAACUCCAUGUGUUUCCCUUUACUGAACAUGUACAGUAAAAAUCAAUAAAGUAAUCAACUACA